GUGCUCCUCGCCUUCGUUUGUGGUAUACAGUGUUAUGCACAAUUCAUCGUACCAGUACCGCCUACAGCUGAUGAGCUGGAUACUCUUGCUCCCGAGACACUUACUAAGCCCAAUGAGACACGCUAUGAAGUAACAGCUGUUGGAGUGGUGGAAUCAAUCAUACUUGGGUCCAUUGGGCUCAUCUCGCUGGCUCGAGCAGCGAUGGUGGUGCGAAAAUUGUGUAUAAGUGACGAAACUAAGCUGAGUAUUGUGAGGAGUGAGCUGGCUGAAGAGAAUCAGGCGCGUAACCAAGAUAUGUCUGAACGUAGCCUCAUAAACCGGGUUGCCCUCUCCGCGGUUGCCUCGAAGAAGAAGGUCGAACUGACCGGGCGUUUGUUCUGGCACGGUUUUUUCACGCUCGAGGCCUUGGAUACUGUUCUGCAAAUUAUUCGUCUGGUUGAACUGGGCGGCCGUUCUUUCACGGGGGAGAGAGUUAUUGUGGCGGACCGUACAGCUAUCAUGACCCAGGCUACCCUGAUAAUGUUGGUGUUCGUUGUUGGUCCCACGACACUCAUACUCAACAACCGAGUCUGGGCUGCUCUGUUCGACACCAUCGUCGCCUUCAGCUUCACGGCUGCUUAUCUUAUUAUAUCUGGUCGCAUAUUCCUGCCUGACACUUGGCCAGACUUGCGCUUCGAGACGUUCGUCUCCUUCCUCUCGAGUCUCGUCCCCGCUAUUUUAUCACUAGAUAACGUGAUAGGCGUAGAUCGUUACCUGUACGAGAUUGCUAAGAAUCCAGAGCUAACUCGCGGUC